ACAGUUGACCUGCAGUUGACCUACAGGUGGCCAACAGUUGACCUGCAGUUGACCCACAGUUGACCUGCAGUUGACCUACAGGUGGCCAACAGUUGACCCACAUUUGACCUGCAGUGGCCCACAGUUGACCUGCAGUUGACCUACAGGUGGCCAACAGUUGACCCACAUUUGACCUGCAGUGGCCCACAGUUGACCUGCAGUUGACCGACAGGUGGCCAACAGUUGACCCGCAUUUGACCUACAGUGACCCACAGUUGACCCGCACUGACCCCCCCCAAUCCAUACCCCGAAACCCCCUCCCCAACCCCCACCCAAAGAGAGGGGACCCGAAGAAGAUGGCAGUGGGCAAGGCUGGAGAGGCGACGCUGCUGCCCGGGCUGAGCAUCCUGCUGGGUCUGGCCUGGGGCCUAGCGGGCCUCACUGGGGCCCUGGAGUUUGGAGGCGGCGCGGGGCAGUGGGCGCGCUACUCGCGUUGGACGGCGGCAGGCUCCCAGGGCGAGCUGAGCUUCAGCCUGCGGACCAACGCCUCCCGGGGCCUGCUCCUGUAUCUGGACGAUGGCGGCUACUGCGACUUCCUGGAGCUGAUGGUGGCCGAGGGCCGGCUGCGGCUACGCUUCACCAUCUUCUGCGUGGAGCCCGCCAGCCUGCGCUCCGAGGCCCGGGUGGAUGACAACCGCUGGCACAUGGUGCUGCUGACCCGCAACUACCGGGAGACCACGCUGGCGGUGGACGGGGAGACGCGGACGGCGGCCGUGCGCUCCAAGCGGCGGGACAUGACGGUGGCCAGCGACCUCUUUGUGGGGGGCAUCCCGCCCGACGUGCGCCUCUCCAGCCUCACCUCCAGCACCGUCAAGUACGAGGUGCCCUUCCGGGGCCUGGUGGCCAACCUGAAGGUGGGCGGCACGCCGCCAGCCCUCCUGGGCAGCCAGGGCCUGCGGAGCGGGCAACCCGACUCGCCGUGCUCUGGGCCCAACCCGUGCCCCGACGGCGGCGUCUGCAUGGUGCGCAACGGCAAGGCGGUGUGCGGCUGCUCGGACAGCGGCGACCCGGAGCGUCCCUGCGGACAAGGUAGGCCACCUCUGCGUCUCGGAGCGCCACGAUCUCGCGGGGUAGGGUUCAGAUGUUGGGUGGUGCUGCAGCGACCCUGA